UGACGCGCGAGAGAAACGCUGGUCGAAGCUCUGGUCGGUAGAUACCGGAGCCGACUCUCGGAAUCUCGUGGCAAUGAUACUAUUUUGAUACGUGCAUUGUCCUGUAUGAAAAUCACCGCUACACAGGUUUAGCAAAGUGAAAUGAGUUAGAUGUCAGUAUCUAUGAUCGUUGACGAAUGAAUUGGUGACAUGGGGGAAACAAAAGAACUGAUUACUUAUGUGAGAAGAGGAGGGCGGUUGAGGAUGCGAGGAGCGGCUGGGACAGCGAGCGAGACGCCGCAGGCUGCUGCUGGGCCGACCUUACACGGGUACAGAGCUACCAAGCAGUGGAUUGAAAAGCUCGAAAACACUGCGCAGGUUCAACUUAGAAAUAGUCCUCCCAGAAAAGAGGGACGAGUGCAUUUUAAACAGGAAAACACCUUCGUGCCUGCACCGCUUUUGCGAAAAGACGAAGCCCAAGUGGCUCUCUCGCCCAUCAGUUUGAAUAUCGAUCACUUCAGUACAGCACAACCUUCCUCAGAUGGGAAAAUUUUACAGCAGGCAGUGCCCUUUGUUAGAAAUGAAGGGGGAGAGAGGAAAGUCGUGUGGUGCAAUCCUGCUUUCUGUGAUGAUUCUGAUGAUAGACGCUUCAGCAAUGAGUCUGCAACAACGACGACAAUUACGUCUCGUCGAUCUCCUUCCAGCUUCUCCAAGCACGUGAGCCUCGGGCUCGUUAGUCAGGGCGUUUCUCCUCCUCAGCAGCAGAUGCGACGACUGUCGAGCAGCACGGAAGGAGAGCAAAGCAAAGUCGACGUCGAUCAUGGAAAUUAUGGCUCACCCGGAGAGGAGAAGUGCACGGAAGCAAGCAGCCCGGCAUUCAGCAUCGGUGCUGUAGCCGGGAGUAGCCCUGCCACCGUGACAACAACGAGCACCCCCGAGGAGAGGGGCAGAUCUCUGCGUGCUCAGUUCGAUCUCGAGUCCAAAUCCGGCAACUGGUACACUCCCGUCAUGUCUUCCCUCACCCCAGAGAGCGUGGGCAAUUCCCGAUGCCUGGACAGGCUGAUGAUGGAUGUCACCAGGACCCGCAAAACUCUGGCGCAAAUGCCCGCCUUCAAAGCUGCCUCAUCGUCGCAGGCCUUCUUCUCCUCCCCAGCUCAUCCUCUGUGUGCCGCUGCGUCUCCUUCGAUGAGAGAUGAUAACACUCCAGGAGAUUCCAACAGAAGAAGACCUUCUGGGGCUUAUAAUUUCAACUAUGCUGCCCCCGAAACGACGCCUGAUUGUGUGGGUUCUGAGAGGAGGAGGUCCAGAAAGCUGGCCAUGCAGCAGGUGAUAGGAGCCAGUCCUCCUUACUGCAGUGAUGGCAAGAGCGUCAAGAGUCACAAGGCUGGCAACAGGGCGGGCAAACCUACGCCCAGAGGAGGAGGGGUUGAGUUGAGCGGAGGCGGUGGUGGUAGUAGUGCCCAGAGAGUUCAGGGAGCAGCAGCACCCACCCCUCUGAGCGAUCAUGAAGCGAUGGUCGAGGCUGACUUAGAAGCAGACAUCGCCCGUGAAAUCGAAGAGGAGAUUGCAAAGGAGAUUUUACACUUGAGUCAGAAGCUGGCCGAUUUGCAUGCCAGGCAGGAGUCGAGGCGUGUUGGGUGGGGGGAGAAAUCCAGCAAGGUGGGCCAUAGCUGUCCGCAGACCCCGCUGAGAUGUGCUCCUUCACCUGCAGGACCUCCUGACGCUACUCCUCCCACUGUGUUGGAGGAAGUCGAGAAACAGCGCCCUGCCUCGGAGUCAAAGAGGCGGAGUGGGAGAGUUGUGGCUGCCAAAUUCCUGCAGUCCACAACAGAGCGGAAAGGAGUGCAAUCUGUCGAUAGAAGUUCUCGUCGAAGAUUGUUGAGCGAUGCCCCGUUUCUGGGCCCCAUCAAUUUGCCCAGACGCAGCUUGGGAACCCCAGCCCGCUUGUUGGCCAAGGCCAACUCUGUUCGGAACAGCUGCAGCCCUGAGCAGCAGCAGCAGCAGCAUCGGCAUCAGCUGCAGCACAAGCACAUGGACCAAGGGUUGACUACAACUCAGAGCAGGCAGAGCAGGUCGAAAGUGUCUGCUGAGGAGUACGUGCGAGAGCGAUCAUCAUCAGCAGCAGGUGGGAGCAAGAGCAAGAAAGCUGUACUGAAGGAGGUCUCCCGCAAGGAUUUGGAGGAGUCCAGAAUCGUUGAUAUUGCCAGCAACAAUAAUAAUAACUACAACGUGGAUAGGCAGCAGCAGGCGCGCAGCCUGAGCAUGGGUUCUGCCGUCCAGUCUCGCUAUUUCCCAGAAUUCGAAAGAAAGAUCGACUGGGUGAAAACUCUGAGAUCUGAUUCACUUCUGCAGUCCACAGCUGCGCCCCCGAACCCCAUCGACCAGAUGAUCGACGAUUUGAUACCGAGGCAGAUUUGCAAGGGCACGCUAGAUGUUCAUACAUGGCUCCGGGAGAACCAUGGAAGUGUGGAGAUAGAUGAGGAGACUCUGAGUCAGACCAUUGUGCCCGAGUCCAUGUAUCCAGAAGCUUCCCCCAUGCCAGUAGAACGCUGUGCUCAGUCCAAUGAGCUCCCUCCUCAUCUAGUUUCAGCAAGUAAGCAGCACGCUAAUCCUGCUCCUGCUGCUGCUCCGUAUGUUGCCCGGACACCUACGCCAAGUAAAGCAGCUCGGCCUUGGAUCACACCCACUCGGAACACUCCUUCUGCUUCUUCUGCUGCUGCUGCUGCUCGAAGCUGUUCUCCCUCAGUGAGAGCCAGAUCCGUUCCCAGUCGAUAUGGCACCCCGAUCAGAUCCAUAUCGAGAACUCCAGGAUCUGCAGAGAAGACUUGCACGGUCCCGAAGCUGGUGCUCGAGAGUCGUGUCACGAGAAUUGAUUCCACCUCGAGGAGGAAGAGUGUGAGCAGAGAAGGAGGAGUUUCUCCGGACACUCGGGGAAGAUCUCUCCUCAGGAAGCCCACAACUCGCAAGGGCUAUCCGGGAGUGGCAGGAUUGAAGUCCAAGGCAGCAGAAGGUGGCGCUGAUGGCGAGGAUGUGGAUGCGCAUUGCAGCAGGCACCAUCCCCAGCACCCGGGUCGAAGUUCCGUCGCCAAGGCGAGGGACGGGAAGAGCCUGGGCCUGAACGGAAACGAGUGCAUGAAGAGGAAGGACAAUUUCGAAGCCGAGUACGAGCGAUUUGUGGAGAGCAACGACAUUGUCGAGAAGCAAGUAUCAGAUCUGAUCAAGGGUAAAUUUCCCUCGGCUGGGACGGGAGCAGGAGCAAGACACACCUACGUCCGGUGUGCAGACUUGCUCAAGUCCAAAACUCUAGUCACCUCCAAAGGGAAACGAGCUACUGGUCAGAGUGUCCUGCCUCCUACAGACGGUCAAGAGUCAGACGAUUCGGUUUUGGCCAGAAGUGCUCCCACAACAGAGUCCUCGCUAGACGCCGAGGAGAUGAAUUUGGAAGAGAGAGUUGCCGAAGGCGUUGAAGCGAAAUUGGCCAGGGAUCUGGAAACUUUGCAACAAAAGCUGGUGGUGUCGGCUGGAGAUGUACUUGAUCGUCUGGAUAGUUUGAGAAUCGAGAGAUUGUCCCUUCCGAAGCUCAGAGUUCUUUCCAGGAGUGAAGACGCGCUGCAAGGUGACAGUCAACGAGAUUCAGGUUCUGUCAAGAGGGCAGUUAACCAGCAGAAGAAGUUCCUGUACACUGAUGCGUCGCCAUCCAUAUGUAACGACAGGAAGCAGUACCGAUAUAACAAGCAUACCAAUAAUUUGAACAGUAUAAACGGCAUACUACUCCGAGAAACAUUGCGAAGUUUAUCGUACAUAAAUAACGUUUGUCAUUGAUUUUGCACAUUGAAAACUAGGAUUUUGCACAUAAAGAAAAGCCAGAUGUUGGAAAGUAUAUAUCAGCGCAUUGACAGAUCGAUCUACCAGGCCGACAAUUCAUCGUUUCCUGCCACUUUUCUCCGACACCUAUCUAGCCUUCACGCUUUAGGGUUGAAGAUGAACACCUCCAGCACGAGGAUCUAAAUGGGUAACUAUUGCUACUAUUGCUACUUGGAAAGUUGAAGUGAAGUUAUUUCGAUUGUCUGAUAUCGUACACGACUUUCGUCCUAGUUGAAGUUUAGUAUUUCACAUACCUCACUGCAAAAUUUCCCAAAUCUAACGAUUGGAUACUCUGGAUGAUACUUUCAAAUGUCGUCAAAUUGGAACUUCUCAUGGAAGCUUCCUUCCUUCAAGCUGGAGUAAACCCUUACUUCAAGCUGGGACAGGUUCUGUGCACUCCUUCCUCCUGCGGCGAAUCCACAAAAUCUGAUAUGGAAAUAACCUGGUGUACCAAACCAGGUUAUUUCCACCCCUUCUAAAAAGACCUCUCCCACAAUACGAAUGGAGACUAAUCGACGCAGCCUUCAUCCCCUUGUGCGGUAUAAAGCUGAUGUUCCUGAAGCUGAUUCGAUCUUUAAACCAGGACGAGCAUCACGAAAACCACUGAAAAUUCCCAUCCAAGUUGACAACACAUGCGCGACUUCGAUUCUCCCACUAGGAAGGAAGAUAAUAAGGAGAUCCAAGACAAGAGUUUCCCAUACUUCUCAAGCCCUCUAGGAGAAACGAAGUUGAAUAUUUGUUCUCAUCUAUCAAGUUGAAUAUCUGUUCGUACUUCUGUACGAACAGUUAACUUGGACGUGAAAAUAUGCCCCACAGAAAUUGCGUACCAUCGAGCGUGAAGUAGUUACCUUACGCGUAGACAAAGAGAUGUUUGCAAAUUUCUCCCGCAAGUCGCCGGUGACAAACUCUAGUUGGCUGGAAGGGUCAAAUCUGCUCACCGUUGGUCCAUUCUAGCAGAUUUGACAAGGUCCAUUCCAGUUCUAGGGUGGCGGAGGCUGGGAAAAUCAGAUAUGAUCAGGACCACUAGGUAGUGGCUGGUAACCAUUGGCAUUGGGCUGUGGGGUAUAGUUAGAACCAAAGAAGGGCUUGGAAGGAACAGGGAUGCAUUUGAUGACUACGGCAAUGAUUAAACUUACAGCACCAAUUCCGACUGAAACUCCCCACUGUUGUAAGGUCAGAGGAACUGUAUGCGCAAACUUGCCCAAGAAAGUCACUAGUAUCCAUUGAAAACCAACGGUGAAACCGAUGAUGAGCAGGAAGACCCAGUUGUCGAAAGUAUGCGCAAAUAUGUUAAUUUUCUCCAUCUCUCUUGCAUUCAUUUCGUUGAAGA